AUGCGGCCAGGAGGUCCGGGGGCGAGUCAGCCAGUCAAGGACGCGGAGGGAAUCAGGGCCGAGCGCUCGUUCCCGCGGUACGAAUCCGUCCUUCUUCGUCGAUUGGCCUCUGGGUGGGGCGUGCGCCGGUCUUCUUUGCGCGGCGUGUUUGGGACUGGAUUUUGCCCUCGCGCGUGGCGUGACUUGGCUUUAGUAUGUGGAGGCGCGUGCACUUAA